ACAUGCACAUAUAUACGAUACAACAAAAAGUAGCCAUACACCAAUAUUCAUUCCCCUUUUAUAAUAACUUGUUCCCCCCUCAUUCUUCCCACCAAAAAGCAAAUCCAAAACCACACCCAUCUUGUUCUCCAAUGGCUUUUUCCUCUAUCUUUAACUCCUUUGUAUGCAUUUUUGUACUAGCUAUAUAUUUCAAUAAUGUUAUAUUGUUAGCUUCAUCAGCUAGAUUAGCUCAUCCUAUCAACACGAAAGCCGGUUAUCCACGCCACAAGCUACCAAUUCGGCAAUCUAAUGUGUCCGAAUGUGCCUUGUUCAUGGGUUCAUGGGUCCAUGAUGAAACCUACCCAAUCUAUAAAGCUUCUUCUUGCCCGGUUAUUGACCCUGAGUUCAAUUGCCAAAUGUAUGGCCGACCCGACUCUGAUUACCUUAGAUAUCGAUGGAAACCCGCCAAUUGUGAACUACCUAGGUUCAACGGGCUCGAGUUUCUAACAAAGAUGAGAGGGAAGAAAGUGAUGUUUGUUGGAGACUCACUAGGACGAAACCAAUGGGAGUCAUUGAUUUGUAUGACAUGGUCAGCAGUUCAACAGGGUGCAACCAAGUUUAUUAGAGGCGACCCUCUCUCCACAUUUAAAUUCUUGGAUUAUGGUGUAGACGUGUCAUUUUACCGAGCACCAUAUUUGGUUGAUAUCGACGCUGUUGGUGGCCGGAGAGUGCUUAAGUUAGAAGAUAUAUCUAAGAACUCAAGGAUGUGGAUGACCGCCGAUGUGUUGUUGUUUAACACCGGUCACUGGUGGACUCAUAAAGGCCCACUCCAAGGGUGGGACUUGAUUGAGUCAGGUGGAUCAUUACAUGAGGACAUGGAUCGGUUGGUUGCACUGGACACGGGCCUCAAAACAUGGGCCCAAUGGGUUGAUUCUCAUGUUGGUUCCACUACCACAAGAAUCUUCUUUCAAUCCAUUUCCCCUACUCACUACAACCCUUCGGAGUGGAGUGCCGGAGCUACCAGCAUUGGCAAGAGUUGCUAUGGCGAGACUAGCCCGAUGAGCGGGUCAUCCUACCCUGGUAUCUACCCGGACCAAAUGAAGGUCAUUGACUCAGUGAUCAGGGAAAUGCAAAAUCCGGUAUACAUUUUGGAUAUUACCACUCUAUCCGCAAUGAGAAAAGAUGCACAUCCGUCUAUUUACACGGGUGACUUGAGCCCGGGUCAACGGGCUAAUCCAGACCAUUCGGCUGAUUGUAGUCAUUGGUGCCUUCCUGGCUUGCCUGAUACAUGGAACCAGUUAUUUUAUACUGCAUUGUUGUUUUAGAGUUAUGUAGAUUUGAUGUGUGUAUGUAUAGGUAAUUUAACCAAUUGUAUUAUAGUUUUUGGAACUACUUUUAAAAUCAUUAUGGUUAUUGUUGUUAGGAUAUAAAAAGUUAGUAUGCACUUUCAAUCAA